AUGGAGACCAUCCCAGUACCACCUUCUUUGCAGGAACUGUUUGAUCCCAUGUGGGGUUAUGGGAUCCGUUCUCCUACUCAAAGACUGUGUUUCUCUACACCCCACGUUCAAGCCCAGGAUGAUGAACCACAAACAAAAUCAAACUAUGUUUCUCCAUCCAUCCUGCAGCGACAAAAACAUUUUCCACCAGCUUCGAAAUCCCAAGAAGUGACAAUCAUUCCAUCUUUUCAAAACACACUGCAAGUAAAGGCUGGCAACCCCUCUCACAAUGGCCGUGUGUGCAGCACAUGGGGUAACUUCCACUUCAAGACCUUUGACGGGGACAUCUUUUACUUCCCUGGGGUCUGCAAUUACAUCUUUGCAUCCAACUGCAAAUCUCCCUAUGAGGACUUCAACAUCCAGAUUAGGCGUACAAUGGUGGAAAAUGCUACCAUGAUCACUCACAUCAUCAUGAAGCUGGAAGGAGCAGUGAUUGAACUGACCCGCGGCUCUGUCCUGCUUGAUGGCAAAUUGCUUCAGAUGCCCUACAGCUAUAUGGGAGUCUUGAUAGAGAGAAGUAACAGCUAUUUGAAAGUUUCUGCCAAGUUAGGACUGACCUUCCUUUGGAAUGAAGAGGAUGCCCUCCUGGUGGAACUAGACAAGAAAUAUGCCAAUCAAACUUGCGGACUUUGUGGGGACUUCAAUGGAAUUCCAAUUAGCAAUGAAUUUAUUUCAGAGAAGACAAAACUGACUCCCAUACAGUUUGGGAAUAGACAGAAGAUGGAUGGACCCACAGAGCAAUGUGCUGAUCCUAUUCCUCCUGCUGUUCUGGUGAACUGCUCAGCUGAAUUUGCUUCUAUCUGUGAGACAGUAUUAACUAAUAAAGCAUUUACAAGCUGUAAUGCACUUGUGAAUGUUCAGGACUACAUUGAAACUUGCAUACAAGACCUAUGCCACUGUGAUAGCUCUAUGGCUGACUUCUGCAUGUGCAACACUUUUGCUGAAUACUCCCGGCAGUGCGCUCAUGCAGGUGGACAGCCUCUGAACUGGAGAACCUCAGAACUGUGUCCCAAACUAUGUCCUUUCAACAUGCAAUACCAGGAGUGUGGGUCCCCCUGCUCUGACACGUGCAGUAACCCGGAACGAUCUGCACUUUGUGAAGAUCAUUGUACAGAUGGCUGCAUCUGUCCUCCAGGAAUGGUAUUUGAUGACAUUAAUGGUGCUGGCUGCAUUCCCCGUAAAGAAUGCCACUGUACCUAUGAAGGUGAAACUUAUGCUCCUGGUGCCUCCUUCUCAUCUAAAUGCAGAUCAUGCACCUGUGCUGGAGGUGAAUGGUCUUGUGUUACCCAGUCAUGCCCUGGGACUUGCAGUAUUGAAGGAGGCUCCCACAUUUCAACAUUUGAUGAGAAAUAUUAUUCCUUCUUUGGAGACUGUAGCUAUGUCCUAACCAAGCUCUGUGACAGCAAUGAAUUCACUGUUCUGGGAGAUAUCCACAAGUGUGGCCUGACUGACACUGAGACGUGCCUCAAGGGUAUAGCCAUCAGCCUAAGUGGAGGACAAACUAGCAUUGUGAUCCAGCCUUCUGGCAGUGUAUUUGUGAAUAUGAUCUACACACAGCUGCCAUUCUCUGCAGCAAAUGUCACCAUCUUCAGACCAACAUCUUUCUUCAUCAUUCUGCAAACAACCUUUGGCCUUCAGCUACAGGUUCAGCUCAUGCCUCUCAUGCAACUUUUUAUAGACUUAGACCCACCACAUAAAGGGCAGACCUGUGGUCUCUGUGGAAACUUCAAUGACAUGCAGAUAGAUGAUUUCAAAACCACCAGUGGCGUAAUAGAGGGUACUUCAGCUGCCUUUGGCAAUACUUGGAAAACUAGGGCUGAUUGUCCUGAUGCCAAAAACACCUUUGAGAAUCCUUGUACUGUCAGCAUACAAAAUGACCAGUAUGCUCAGCACUGGUGUGGACUGCUCUCUGAUACCAUGGGACCUUUUGCUGAAUGUCACUCAACAGUGAAUCCAGAAGUUUACCAGAAGAACUGUAUGUUUGACACGUGUAACUGUGAGAAGAGUGAGGACUGCAUGUGUGCUGCCCUUUCCAGCUAUGUCAGGGCCUGUGCCGUUAAAGGAGUUCUCCUCACUGGAUGGAGGAGCAAAGCCUGCACAAAGUACACCACCUUGUGUCCGAAAUCCUUGAAGUACACUUACAAUGUCGAUUCCUGUCAACCCACCUGCCGGUCUCUGAGUGAGCCUGAUGUCACAUGCAGCAUCAAGUUUGUCCCAGUUGAUGGCUGCACCUGCAUAAAUGGAACCUACAUGGAUGAAAGUGGCAAAUGUGUGCCUGCUUCUAGCUGUCCUUGUUACUACAAAGGAAUGCCUCUGUCUUCUGGAGAAGUUAUUCAUGAUAAUGGUGUUGUCUGCACUUGCACCUAUGGAAAGCUAAGCUGCAUUGGAGAGAAACCUGAACCAGUCUGUGUACCUCCCAUGAUCUAUAUUGACUGUGGCAAUGCCACUGCAGAUGUGGUAGGAGCGGGGUGCCAGAAGAGCUGUCAGACUCUAGAUAUGGAAUGCUACAGAACCCAAUGUGUCUCUGGCUGUGUAUGUCCUCAUAACCAAGUGUUAGAUGGCAAAGGUGGCUGUAUUGCUCCAGAAUACUGUCCAUGUGUUCACAAUGGGAAUUCCUACAGUCCAGGAGAAUCAAUCAGAGUUGGCUGUAACAACUGCACAUGUAGAAACAGAAAAUGGCACUGCUCUGAGGAACCUUGCCUGGAAACCUGUUCUGUUUAUGGAGAUGGGCAUUACACUACCUUUGAUGGCAAACGCUUUGAUUUUGAAGGAGACUGUGAAUAUGUUCUGGUCCAGAACUACUGUGGUCAACAAGGUAUGAAUCAGGGAACCUUCAGAGUCAUCACUGAGAACAUUCCAUGUGGUACUACAGGAACCACUUGCUCUAAGUCUAUUAAAGUUUUCCUGGGGAACUAUGAGCUGGUACUCAGUGAUGGCCACUCUGAUGUCAUCCAGAGGACACCUGGAGGAAAAAUGCCAUUCCAAAUCCGUUCCAUGGGCAUCUACCUGGUGGUUGAUACUACUGUUGGCCUGAUAAUCAUGUGGGACAAGAAAACCAGUAUAUUCAUCAAACUUAGUCCCAGCUUUCAGGGACAUGUCUGUGGACUUUGUGGAAACUAUGAUGGCAAUGGAAAUAAUGACUUCACUACUCGCAGUCAGUCUGUGGUAGGAAACGUGCUGGAGUUUGCCAAUAGCUGGAAAGUAUCUUCUAGUUGCCCAAAUGCCAAUCGUACCAAGGAUCCAUGCACUGCGAACCCAUACAGGAAAGCCUGGGCACAGAAGCAAUGCAGCAUCAUUACCAGUGAAGUGUUUAUGAAGUGUCACUCCCAGGUUGAACCAAAUGAAUAUUAUCAAGCAUGCGUGGAUGAUGCUUGUGCCUGCGACACUGGAGGAGACUGUGAAUGUUUCUGUACAGCAGUAGCCGCCUAUGCUCAAGCGUGCAAUGAGCUGGACAUCUGCAUUUCAUGGAGAACCCCAUCCAUUUGUCCUCUGUUCUGUGAUUACUACAAUCCACAAGGGGAAUGUGAGUGGCACUACAAGCCAUGUGGCGCCCCUUGUAUGAAGACCUGCAAUAAUCCAAGUGGGAACUGCCUUCAUGAGUUGAGAGGUUUGGAAGGCUGCUAUCCACACUGUCCAAAGAAUAAGCCCUAUUUUGAUGAAGAGACCAUGACUUGUGUUUCUAAUUGUGGUUGUUAUGAAAAUGGAAAAAAUUACAAACCAGGAAUGCUGAUGCCUUCAAAGCAGAAUUGUCAAUCAUGUGAAUGCACAAAUCAUGGAAAAAAAUGCAAAUAUGAUGAAUAUGAAUGUGUCUGCAUUUAUGAGGGACAGAAAUACAACUAUAAAGAUGUGAUAUACAAUACUACAGACGGCACAGGAUGGUGUAUUGUUGCAACCUGUGGUCCCAAUGGAACGCUUCAUAGGGUUGGCUAUAUAUGUCCAGCCUCAACAUCACCCACAACAGUGUCUCACUUCAGCACUACGCCACCUGCCACUACUUCCACAGUGUCACCAACUACGUCAGUAUGUGUUCAUGAAGUCUGUGAGUGGUCAGAAUGGUAUGAUGGGAGUCUGCAAACUCCAGGCUAUGAUGGUGGGGAUUUUGAAACAUUUGGUGAUUUGAGAGCUAAAGGUUAUGAAGUCUGUAAAGCUCCACGGGCUGUUCAAUGCAGAGCAGAGAAAUUCCCUAAUAUACCACUGAAAGACCUCAACCAAAAAGUAGAAUGCAGUACAACAGCUGGGCUUAUAUGUUACAACAAAGAUCAGAUUUCAACAAUGUGCAACAAUUACGAAAUCAGAAUCUUAUGCUGUGUUUUUGUACCAUGCUCUUACACAACACAUUUCAGCACAUCAACACCGAUAACAACUGCAGCUAAGAGCAUAGAAACAUCAAGUUCAACUGAAGAAACUACAUCAUUUUCAACCACUACAACAUCACCAAUUACUACAACUUCUGAAAGUACAACAUUCACACAUUCAACUAUUAAAGAAACAACCACAAGCACAACUGAAAUGACAAAACCUGUCACCACUUUCCCUUCAACAACUCCUCUUUGCAUUAAAGAAGACUGUUACUGGUCAAGGUGGUAUGAUGUCAGUUAUCCAGGGUCUGGAUACGAUGAUGGAGAUUUUGACACAAUUCAGAACAUCAAAAAGGAGGGAUACGAAGUCU